CAAAUUUGUCCCGUAUUUUCAUUUUUCCUUUCCCCUUUCCCCUCCUUCCCCUUCUCGUUAUUAAAAUCUCAUUUCCCAACCAAAAUCAAUAGCAUUAGAACUCGUCAUCGCUUACUCAUUACUUUUCCUUACCAACCUUAUCAUUGCUACUUCAACAACAUUUACUAUACCUAUUAUCAUCCCAGCAAACUAAAAGCUGGUCCGGUCAAAAACCACGUCAUUAUCAGCCCAUAGUCUGCGACUUGGCUAAACCUGAAAGACUGUUCUGAAUCGUGAAGAAGAAGAAAACAGAAGAGAAUCAUGGGAUCAGCCGGCCCUGCCAACCCAAAGCUCUUUGAGCCCCUCGCCAUUGCAAAUGGCAAACACGUUUUGAAGCACCGUGUCGUUCAUGCUCCCUUGACCAGGAACCGCGGAACGCCUGUCAACAAGAACGACAGUCGUGAGAACCCCAACCGUCUGUGGCUGGCCAACGACCUCAUCAAGGAGUACUACACCCAACGUGCCACUGAUGGCGGUCUCAUCAUCUCCGAGGGCCUGCCGCCUUGUCUUGAGGGCGGCGCAAUGCCCGGUGUCCCGGCCAUUCACCAGCCUGCUCAAGUCGAGUCGUGGAAACCCGUGACGGAGGCGGUGCACGCCAAGGGCAGCAUCUUCUACGCUCAGCUGUGGCACUCUGGCCGUGCCAUGAUUCCGCAGCACAUCGGCGGACCGGUGCCGGCUCCCUCAGCCGUGCCCUGGGACGACCCCACCGAAGUGUUCUGGUACCCGCCCGCCCACACCACUGAGCUUUGCAAAUACGUCGACUACCCGCCGAUCGAGAUGACGGUGGAGCACAUCAAGCGCACCAUCGACGAUUACGUCAAGGCCGCCAAGAAUGCGCUCGAGGCCGGCUUCGACGGCAUCGAGGUCCACGGCGGCAACGGCUACCUGCCCGAACAAUUCCUGAGCUCAAACUCGAACCAGCGCACCGAUGACUAUGGCGGCUCGCCCGAGAAGCGCUGCCGCUUCGUCCUCGAGCUGAUGGAGGCCCUAGCUGCUGCCAUUGGUCAGGAGAACCUUGCCAUCCGCCUGUCGCCCUUUGGUCUGUUCAACCAGGCCCGUGGUACCCAACGCAAGGAGACAUGGGGUUACCUGUGCCGUGAGCUCAAGGCCCGUUUGCCUAACCUGAGCUACGUGAGCUUCAUUGAGCCAAGGUAUGAGCAGCUCUUCUCCGAAGAAGACAAGCAAAAGUUCCUCGAUGACUGGGGCAUGUCAAACGUCGACCUGUCCAUGUUCAGGGAGAUCUUUGCCGGUACUCCCUUCUUCUCCGCCGGCGGCUUCGACGCCAAGACGGGCAAGGAGGCUGUCGAGAACGGCACCUACGACGCCAUUGUAUACGGCAGGUACUUUACUAGCAACCCCGACCUGGUCAGGCGUGUCAAGGAGGACCUGCCCUUUAACCCGUACAACCGUGAGCGCUUCUACGGCCCAUUCGAGGACCCCACUAUUGGCUACACAGACUUUGCUACUUAUGAUGAGCAGCAGAAGAAAUAAGUGAAAAGAAAUAAAGAGAGAGAACAAAAAAAUAAAAAUAAAAAUAAAAAUCCAACAGGGAAGCCGGGGUUUAAGAAGCAGUUUUUCUCUUUUAUAUACUGUAUAUACUGUAUAUACAACAAAGUCGAGACCAUAGACAACGUGUACUUUGUACAGUAUAAACUUCAAGACUCAAUAAUGGCCAAGAGUGCGCUUGAAUUGUUAUUGUUGGAUAAAGCUAUUAGAUACAAUAAAGCUCA